UUUAUGUUUAUCUUUUUUCUUUUUUACUUUUAAUACUGUAGUUUUUCAUCCACUUUAUCAAUUUUUUUUUCAUUUUAACUGUUAAAUUUGUGAGAUUGAGUCAAAUAACUACACAGUUACUAAUUUAGUAAGAAUAGAUGAAUCACAUGUGAUUGAAUUCACUAGAUCAUCGGCAAAAUUAUUGAUUUCUUUCCAUAAUCAGCCCGCCAAAAGCAGUACCCCAAUAGCAGAGAGUGGAGUGGCAGUUUAAUUUUUAAAGUAAAGUGCGCAAAAAGGAGAUAUCGCCGGAAUGGGUGAAAGCUCAGAGGGAGUUUCUGCAGUUUCCGGCCAUUCGCGCCUAGCCCUUACGGUCCCACCCCGACCCCCUACCGAGACCCUCUUCUCCGUGGGGCCCGCACCCGGUUUCAGCCCAGCCGGACCCACCACUCUCAAGUCCAGCUUCUGCUCCGAUUCCCAUGGCUGCUCUUUCUCUCAGUUACUCGCCGGAGCCAUGGCUUCCCCACUUGCAAAGCAGAGUCUUUUAGCCCAUAGCCCUCUGAACCCGCCGGUGGCCAACUCGCCCUCGUUCAUGGUCUCGCCCCGGUUUAGUCCUUCCGGGUCGGUCAACUCACCCAUUUUUGUUUCCCCACUUCAGAGCCCUUUGGGAAUGUCCCACCAGCAAGCUCUCGCUUAUGUCACAGCUCAGGCAUCAUAUAACCUCUAUUACAAACAAAUGCAAGCUGCCUAUGAUCAACAUUUGAAUGGCGAGACACCAGACACUAAACUAAAAUCUAUUGCUUUUGAGAAACCUGCUAGUGAUGGUUAUAAUUGGAGGAAAUAUGGGCAGAAGUUCGUCAAGGGAAGUGAAUGUCCUCGAAGCUACUAUAGAUGCACGCGUUCGGACUGUGCUGUUAAAAAGAAAAUUGAGCGGUCAUCAGAUGGGCGCAUUGUUGAGACCACAUACAAAGGGGAGCACAACCAUGAACUUCCCAAGCCCAAUAAGCGAAAGCAAGAUGAAUGCAAGAGUGAUGAAUUGGAGAUGUCCACCAAACAACUUAUAGUGGCUUGUAAAAGCCAUGAAAUGGAGGAAACAGCUACAGUGUUGGAUGAAGAGGAUGAUGUUGAACCAAAUGCAGAGACAAAGUGUUUAGAGGUUGGCUCAUCUGUUCAACCUCCAUUGCAUAAGACCAUCACGGAGCCCAAGAUUGUUUUGCAGAGGAGAAGUGUUGUUGACCAUUUGGAUGAUGGAUAUAAGUGGCGUAAAUAUGGGCAAAAGGUGGUAAAGGGGAAUGCUAAUCCAAGCGCUACUGUCCUAAAAAGUGUUGGGUAGCCUCUAGCUGGGGAGUGGAGUGCAGCCUGGCGCCUAGACGGGAUUUUUUAGAUCAGCAGUAUAGUAGUUUGAGUUGGCUUAUUGGUCACUGCAGGAGUUACUAUCGAUGCACAUACAUGGGAUGCAAUGUUCGUAAACACGUUGAAAGGGCUUCAGCAGAUCCAAUAGCUGUGGUAACAACUUAUGAAGGCCAACAUAAUCACGAUAUGCCUACUGCUUACUCUGCCAAACAAGAAUAAUCGUCAUUGUAUCAUAAUAUAAACGGGUUGUAGGAAACAGCAAAAGAUCCAAUUUCCAGUGCACAGGUGAAAGAAGAACAACUUGCAUCAUAAGCUUUCGAGUUCACAUGUUGUUUGAGGAGUGUCGUUUGCCAUUCCUUGUCGACUUAAUUUUUGCUGUCUUUUGGCAGAAGAAUUCCAUAUAGCAGCAUUAGCUCCUUUUCUCAAAUGUGUAUGUAGUAUAAGUUGCUGAGUUGAACUGGAAGCAUUUAUCAAAUGAAUCUAUGUUUGAAGAGCUUUUACUGUCUUCCCGUAUGUCUGGUAGAAGAGUGAGGUGAGACCGUGAGAGGAAUCAAACAAAGGAGAAAGGGAUAUUGAAUGAGGGUUGUUUUCUUGAUGAGAAAAACUGUAGUGCAGAGAGCAAGGGAAGAAAUUGGUAAUUUCCAGUUCUUUUUCCUUAUUCAUGGAAGGGAACAUAAUUGAUAAUAUUGAUUAAUACUAUGUACUUAAUAGAAGCAUCAAUGUUUUAUUAUUACUUUUACC